UCCUCUCUCUCUCUCACACACUCUAUCGCUGAGCUCAAACCGGUUGGAUACAGUGCAGAGGACUUGAGGAGAGUGCUCUUUUCUUCUUUGGCAUUUCCUUCCUGCCUCUCUCCCUCACGCGCUGUUGAUUUAGAUCAUGUCCUUAGGGUGAGGAUGUAUUUGUGUCAAGCUGCAACAAAGGAAGAGUAAACAAAGAGUAAACAUUUACUUAACGGAGGAACGGGAAAGACCCUCCUUUAUAGGCUCAACAAAGGUGGCUCACUGGACAGAAGCAGCAAUGUGAUUGUUUGGGUCAGAGAGCAGAUGAUGUCCUGGUACAGCUAAAGCAGAGAAUCUCCCCUCCUGUCCUCUGUCCUAUAUGAGGACACGAAGAUGACUGUCACCAGCCGGCAGUCCUUCAAUGUCCUGACGGUCAUCUUCCUCCUGCUGUCCACCGCAGCUCUAUCAGCUAAUUUCAGAGUGUGUGAACCAUAUUCAGACCACAAGGGGCGCUACCACUUUGGUUUCCACUGCCCUCGUCUCUCUGACAACAAGACCUACAUGUUCUGCUGUCACCACAACAACACAGCCUUCAAGUACUGCUGUAAGGAGACUGAGUUCCAGACGGUCAUGCAGGUCAACCUCACCACCACCACAGACGGCUUCAAACACAAUAACUACACAGCCCUAGUAGGAGUGUGGAUCUAUGGCUUCUUCGUCAUGGUGCUGCUAGCCCUGGACUUCCUCUACUACUCGGCCAUGAACUAUGAGCUGUGUCGGGUUUACCUAGAGAAGUGGGGUCUGGGAGGGCGCUGGCUGAAGAAGGCUCGGAGCCAGUGGCACCGGCCGGUCCCAGGAGAGGAGAGUGAGAUCCAGAACCAGGCCCAGGGUCACCCCAUGACCCUCAGUCACCACCACCCCAGACACAGCCUCAGAGGCGAAGGCCAGAGCCCCACGCUCCUCCCCUACCACACACCGACCGUCUGAGUGAAGCUGCAAGAGGAUGAAUGAGUAGAAGAGUAGAGAGCAGCGACGCCGGGCAGAGGAUAGCACGGCUCAGACACCUGUCUCUGUCUGCCUGGAUUAUUGACACAGUAACAUACCACAGGGUGGCUGGCCCUACGGAAGCUAGUGGCUAGCUAGCAGUUCCUGCUCACCUCCAUUCCUCUGAGCUUCUACACACAGGGCAUUGGAGGAUAGAGUAUGACAAAACGUCUAGACUACAACAGAAGGCCCAGGUGAAUGGAGCUGCUGCUACCCAAACACUGCUAAGGACCAGGCCACAGGCACUGAAACUGAUCAUGUAUACCCCUGCCUGGGCUGGAACUGUUCUAAUAAGAAACCAAUGGAGACUUGAAGUGAACUGGAUGAAAUGUGGUUACAAACGAGGGGGCUUUGUUUGAUUUGUGUGUUUGAGUGUUGAUUGCACUUGGUUGCUGUGUGGGUUUAAUUCAGUAGUAGUCAAAAGAAGUUGUGGGAGUACUGUAUCUAUUGGGGAUUUAUUUAAAGUAAACUAGUCAGGAACUUUCUAUGAGUGGUAAACAUCCUAGACGAUUCACCAUGGAGGUUGACACUGAGCAUCUUGAAGACAGACAACAGCGACAAAUGACUCACCUGAAUUGAGCGAUAUCUCUAUUCUACAGUGUCAGCCUGUCUUCAGAAAAGGCCUUUGUGUGUAUUUUGUGAUCUUAUUAUUUUUCUAAUUAAACAUAAGUUGGUGAAGUUUUC